GAGAGGGAGGGAAGCGAGCGCAGUCGUUUGGAAUCACUCCACUUUCUCAUCACACACAGUGCAGCCGCUCGACCUGCUCCGUGCUGGACCGGGAGGCGGACAGAGUUUGUAGCGGCAGAGCGGUGACCGCGCGUCGGGGUGGAAACUAACCGGACGACCGCUGCUGGCAACUCCCGGACCUACCGGACCUUGUGUUUCUUGCUUGGGUGAUUUUUAACCGUUUUACCCCCCCCUUAUCCCGGUGCUCCGUCCGCUUACACCACCUCCACCCCACUACAUCCCCAAGUAGUGCCAUCAGCGGAGGAUGCUGUUGCUGCUGUCGGUACAAACCGCCCGGUGGUAAACGGAGUAGCAGUGAGUGACCCCGGUCCGGACGGGUGUUCCCCCGGCUGGGCUCCAGCUUCAGCCGUUCCCCCGGAGAGAGUGAGAGAGAGAAAGAGAGAGAGAGAGAGGAAGGACCGCCGGGUUGACGCGCAGCGCUGGUCACGACAGUAAAACUGGACAGAAAUUCUCCGUCUGGGUACCGAGGAGGAGCGGAGCCUGUAGCCGGGCUGGAGCGCUCAGAGCUGGGGAACCGCGCGGCUCUCACCCGGUCCAGAGGGGUGCUGUUGGGCGGAGACAUGGCGAUGCUGAGGUGGGAGGUUCUGCUGUUCCUGGCGGUCGUCCUGGCGUUCUCCUGCAGCGCCGCACCCACCGACAUCCUGUAUCGAGUUCCCGAGGAGCAGCCGCCAAACACGCUGAUUGGAAGCUUGGCGGCGGACCAGGGCCUGCCCGACACCGGCCACCUCUACAAGCUGGAGGUCGGCUCUCCGUAUCUACGCGUUGACGGCAAGACGGGCGACAUCUACACCACCGAGAUCCCCAUCGACCGCGAGAAGCUGAGGGACUGCCGCAACCUGUUUGAUGGCGACAAAUGCUUCCUGGAGUUCGAGGUGUCGAUCACCGACAUGGUGAAAGGAAUCGGCUCGGGGCCGCGGCUGAUCGAAGGCCGCAUCGAGGUGCUGGACAUCAACGACAACACGCCGCAGUUCUCCUCGCCCAUCCUCUCCCUGUCCAUCCCUGAAAACACGCACAUCGGCGCCCUCUUCUCCAUCCCCAUGGCAACCGACAGGGACUCUGGUAGCAACGGAGUGGCCGAGUACUCGCUGACCACCGUGCCCGACGCCGAACAGCUCUUCAGCCUGCAGGUCGCCGUGGACACGGACGAGAAGCUGCCUCAGCUGGUGGUUAUGGGAAACCUGGAUCGGGAGAAGAAGGAAUCGUACGACCUGAACAUCCGGGUGGUUGAUGGCGGCAACCCUGCGAGGGCGAGCAGCGCUCUGCUGCGGGUCACCGUCACCGACCAGAACGACAACGCCCCGAAGUUUGAGAGGAGUCACUACGAGGCUGAACUGCCGGAGAACAGCCCGCAGGGACACUCUGUACUGCAGGUCAGAGCCAACGACGCGGACACUGGUACCAACAAAGAGAUCGACUACAGCCUCCAUCAGGCAUCAGAGGCAGUUCAGAGGCUUCUACGCAUUGACCGCCUGACAGGCAUCAUCUACGUCAAAGGCCUGGUGGACCGCGAGGAGGAGAGCUUCCUCAAGUUCUUCGUGGUUGCUAAAGAUCGUGGACCAAACUCCAAGAGCUCCAAGGUCCUGGUGACCAUCAAUGUCGGGGACCAGAACGACAACGCACCGGCCAUCGAGAUCCGUGGUAUCGGCUUGGUGACGCAUCAGAACGGCGUGGCCAACAUCUCUGAGGACAUGCCCAUUGGCACGCCGGUGGCUUUGGUCCAGGUGUCGGAUCGUGACGAAGGGGAAAAUGCGGUGGUGACGUGUGUGGUUGCCGGUGACGUCCCUUUUCAGCUGCGACCUGCCAGCGAGUCAGCCAAUGAUCGGAAGAGGAAAUACUUCCUGCAGACGACCACCCUGCUGGAUUAUGAGCGUGUGAAGGAUUACAGGAUUGAAAUUGUCGCCGUGGAUUCUGGAAACCCAGCCCUGUCCAGCACCAACUCCCUCAAAGUCCAGGUUACAGACAUGAACGAUAACACGCCAAAUUUUUCCCCUGCAUUGCUUGAGAUAGACUUUGCGGAGGACAAUAUGCCAGGUGACAGGGUGGUGGAUGUGAUGGCGUCAGAUGCAGACAGCGGCAUCAACGCAGAGCUGGUCUACAGCAUCAUUGAGCUCCCGGCCACCAGGCUCUUUGAAAUUGAACCCGACACCGGAGAGAUCCGUGUGAAGAACCUGCUGGAUCGGGAAGAGACGGAGCGGUAUGAGUUCCGUGUGGCAGCAGCGGACAAGGGUGUUCCAAGCAAAACUGGCACUGCAACGGUGGUCAUUAACGUUAUGGACCGCAACGACAAUGACCCCAAGUUCAUGCUGAGCGGCUACAGCUUCUCUGUCAUCGAGAACAUGCCUCCACUAAAUCCUGUUGGUGUGGUGACUGUGACAGAUGCAGAUAAGGGUGAGAACGCCCAAGUGAGGCUGUUUGUGGAACCCGACAAUGGCAAGUUUGUCAUCCAGAACGGCACAGGAACCAUCUUGUCCAGUAUCUCGUUUGACCGCGAGAAGGAAAGCACCUACACCUUCCGCCUGAAGGCUGUGGAUGCUGGUGAGCCACCUCGGUCCUCCUAUGUGGGUGUGACCAUCAAUGUCCUGGACGAGAAUGAUAACGCCCCCUAUGUCACCAAGCCGGCUAACUACUCCUACAAGUACAUGUCACCUGUCACCCCACCGGACACCAGUGUGGAGGUCGUAGAAGCUGAGGACAUUGAUUCUGGACUCAAUGCUGAACUGGUCUACACCAUCACAGGAGGCAACCCGUAUGGCCUGUUCCACAUCUCUCCAACAAGCGGGGAGAUCACGCUAGUGCAGGAAUUCGCCGGCAAGCAUAACGGACUGCACCGCCUGGUGGUGAGGGUCAGCGAUAAAGGCAAACCUCCCCGACACACCACCGCCCUAGUCCACGUUUUUGUCAAUGACACAAAGGCCAACGUCUCCCUCAUUGAGGCGCUGGUCGGACACAGCCUCUACACCCCUCUGGACAGGGACAUCGCCGGAGAUCCCAACUACGCCCUCGCUCAGCGCAGCAAUAUCCUGUACGGCAGCCUUGCAGGUAUUGCCGGUGUGAUUCUGGUCAUCGUAGCCGUGGUGGUCAUCAGACACAGGCUGCAGAAGGACACCAAGAGUGGCUACCAGGCCGGUAAGAAGGAGAGUAAAGACCUGUACGCUCCAAAGCAGGGCCCCAAAAAUGGGAAAGGGAAAAAGACCAAAAAAGGGAAAGCUCCCAAACCGGCCAAGCCGCUGGAGGAGGACGAGGAGGCCAGCCUGCAGAAAGGCCUCAAGUUCAACCUCAUCAACGACAACGUCAAUGACAGUCCCAGAAUCCACCUGCCCCUUAACUACCCACCAGGAAGCCCCGAUUUGGGCCGCCACUACCGCUCCAACUCCCCGCUCCCCUCCAUCCAGCUGCAGCCACAGUCGCCCUCUGCCUCCAAGAAGCACCAGGCCGUUCAGGACCUCCCCGCCACCAACACCUUUGUGGGAACGGGAGACAACAACUCCACAGGCUCCGACCAAUAUUCGGAUUACAGCUACAAGGCCAACCCGCCCAAAUACAGCAGCAAACAGCCUCCCCACCGCCGAGUGACCUUCUCCACGGCCAAUCAGUCGCAGGACCUGCAGGACGCGUCCCAGCACAGCUACUACGACAGCGGCCUGGAGGAGUCGGAGACGCCCAGCUCCAAGUCCUCGUCGGGACCACGUAUCGGGCCCCUGGCACUGCCGGAGGACCACUACGAGCGGACCACGCCUGACGGCAGCAUCGGCGAGAUGGAGCACCCGGAGAACGAUCUCAGGCCUCUUCCCGACGUGGCGAUGACCGGUAACUGCACCCACGAGUGCACUGAGUUUGGCCACUCCGACUCCUGCUGGAUGCCCGGCGAGCCUUCCCCCACCCGCAAGGUGUCCAAGAACGCCCCCAAGCUCUCCACCUUCGUGCCUUACCAGGAGAUGGACGGGCAGGAGCAGCUGAUGGCCAACGGCAGCCCCAAGCCCCUGACGGAGGAGCGCGGGACGGGCGGUGGCGGCAGCAGCGGCUCUAAAGUGGCCAGCAUGCGCUUCAUGACGCCCUACAGCAGUGCCUACUCCGGGGGCGGAGACUCGUCCGGUAAAGACUGUGGGCUGGAGGAGAUCCCGCUGAGCCAGGCGGUGGAGUAUCACUCGGCCACCACUCCGACCGGCCAGACCUCCAAGAGGGAGAUCUACCUGUGAGGGCGCAGCUCUCCACCUUAACACCCCCCCUCCUCCACCUCCCCACGGCCCUCAUCAUCCCCCGUCGCUGCUCGCCACCACCUGUCCCGCCCCCCUCACUGCCGCCCCCUGUGCCUAUUACUCGCUGUGCCGCAGCACCGACUCCCCUUCUUCCUUUUUAUAACUGCAUCCACCGUACAAGGCUUUAGACCCUCGCCCGCCUCGCCCACUGCCACCGCCACCGCCCUCUAGAAACCAAUCAAAUGUAAAAUAGAAUUAAUUAAAAAUCAACUGAAGAAAACACGCGGCGUCUGCUGCUGCGGAAGGAAUGUAAACUACACCACAUCGUUGUGAUAAUUUAAUGGGAAACUAUUUAGCUACUCACGUAUUUGAGUUGGAUUUUUGUGCGUUGCUUUAGGCUAUGUUGCUGUGUUGGAACAUAAAAAGAAAAAAACACCUUCGGGGGGAGAAGGGAAAGAACUAUUUGUAAAUCCUACUUAAGUAUACUGUGUAAUGCUAUCUAUCCUGAAUAUUUUUUGAAUUUGUUUGAUUUUUCUUUUUAAUUUUUUUUCUCUGUCCACUCCGGAGUCUCCGGGAAAUCCAUUUUUGAGCCGAGUUGCAUCAAAUCAACCGGGCUCGUUUUUAUCAGGAGCGGCUUGUCGUCAACGUAAGACGUUUGCAGAAACGCGGCUGUUUUCCAAAACCCUGGAGUUGUCGUUGAGAACUUUUUCAGGUCUGUUCCUAUUUUCGCCGUGAAGAGGUCUUUUUUCAGUGUACAGAGCUGUAAAUAUUACAAACAGUGAGGAAGCUGCUGUGGCUGUCAGUGUGGAUCCGUGGCUGUCGUGCUGUCUGCAGAUCUUCAUGUAACGUCAGAUCGAUGGACUGAAAACUUCCGCAUGUACAGAGAAACGGCGCCGCGGCGUCCACGUCACACUGCAGGAACCUGGACUCUUGAGCAUCACCGACGGUGCCGAGUUACAAACACAAGACUUUUUAUUAUUAUUUUCUCUCCUCUAAAACUUUACAACACAGUUCAAUUUGGGUUCAUGAGGGGACAAAAUCAUUCGAUGUGCAGCGACACCAAUUUAUUCAGAACUGAGAGUUGGAAGUGCUUCAGUCAGUGGAUCAAAGUGUACAAGCACCGAUUAUAUGAUUAAUGCUCUUGUCAGUAGUAUACCAUGAAAUGAAAGCUAAACAUGAAUGUGUGAAAU